AUGUGGCUAGCUGGCAGACCUCCUGUGAUUAUAAUUCCAGAGGAGAAUGCCUUCUACACUGGAUUCAAGUUUCAAGGUCAACCUAUUGCAUACGCCUUCAAUCAGAGACUCAAAUGGGAAUGGUUUCUUAGUGACAUACCUGGUCGUGACAGAUCAGUCUUAUUCGAGGGGCCUCAUGGUUCAAAUUCUCAUCAACUGAUUGACCCACUCAUGCUGGAAAUUGAGUUGCGGGAUUCAGAUGCACAAAUGUUGUCAGGGAGGUCAAGAUUCAAUUUCAAGAAGAUAGAUAGGAUAACUGACUGGAUACAUCACUCCAUCCCUUCAGAUGCCGCUGAUGAACCAGAUUUUGUUGAAGGUGGACAGUUUUUUACGACUGUUCAUCGGCGUUUCCAAGAUCAAACUGGCUUGGAGAUAUUCGUAGAAACUCGUGCUGAUCAGAAGUGGGAAGUCCACAAUGAUGGGGAAUAUGCUAUUAGAGAGGGUCCACUGGGCUCCAUUCCCAAUGAAGUUGUGGGCAGGAGAUUGAGGUACAUCCAAGCAUCCGAGUAUUCAGAGGACUAG